AUGUCAAUGAGAUACCUGGUGCUGUUUAUGUCCACAGGCGACAGUUGCCACUUACCAUCGAGCGUGCCAAUAAUUUGCUUGCCUUGCUUGGAUGUUGAUAAAAGGGUCUUCCGCGUUAUUAAUCAGUACAUACUGAGACUGCCUCCGUUUCCCUGUCAUCCGGACGUGUUCUGCCUGGACCCGGGGUGCGUGUUCUUUAACAGUGCUCUGGAUUGGAUUGCAGGAGUUCCAUCGACUGGCCUGCAGGAGUGGUAUACUGAUUUUGAUGGAUGGGUGUGCAAACAUGCCAAUGGUGUCACAUCAAGAUUGAUUCAACUGCAGCAAAGGAAUUCGGAGAUACGGCCAAAUACAAUCAACUCAUUCUAUUUACAAAAUGCCAUGAACGAAGGCAUAUUCCCCAUUAUAGAUGACACGAAAAAAACAAAUGACAAUUUAUUAAGACAUUUAAAAAAUAAUACACGGUCGUAUGUACAUUUUAAAAAUGGAACGAUUACUUUGAAUGGUAAUGUAGUGAAGUAUAGCUGUAUAUAUAGCAGGUCUAAGCUUUUUUAUGUUGUUUUAUUUCUUCCUCUUGUUUUAAUGGCUACUAGUUGA